UUUCCCUUCCCAAUUACCAAUUACCAUUCAUUGUUUCAGAAUGGCCUGAGAUGCGUCAGUGUCUAUCUUUCCCUUCUUAGACGGAUCCAUAAUCAGCUUUCAAGUACCUCAGGUAAGCAAAUCAUGAUCGAACUUGACACUGCUUCCUAUUUCAUUCAGGUCCUGCCCCUUACUUGAAUAGGAUCGACUCAAUCUUCUCUACAGUGUCUGAACCUUGAUAUCACAGUCAAUGACAGUUGCUUCACUUUGGUUGUUAAUUCCAUCAACAAACAAAUGUACCAUAGGAUUUUCUUUGUGUGUAGGAUUGAUAUACAGUGCAGCAUAGCACCCUGAAUGACUCAAUGAGAUUACAGGUCAUAUUUUGGUGUAAACAUACUAUACAUUGGAUGUAUUGAUAUCUGAUCACAUGAUAUCUCUGGAUGAUUGAUCCGAAGACCGUAAUGAAAUGACUAACAAGUGUUAUCUCAGUGUGGUUAUGAACUGAAGGAAGUUCAAAUCUACAUGGUCAGAGAUGACGGGUCAUUUUUGCUCUAUUGGGAGGUGGAGUGGCCACUGCGGCUUUUGCCUGUUGAACCUAUUUGUACAGUAAUGAGAUUAGUGGGUUAAUCCAGGAGUCAGGAAUAGACCUACUGCUCUUCCUCCUGAGGGAGGUACAGUACAUGACUAAGGAGGAGAGAAGAGGAGCGUCCAGGGAGGUGUCUUAACGUCCAGAGCCAUGCCACGGUUCAACCUACACCUCUGAUGGUCCUCCUUUCUCUGACUCCUUUCUCUGCUGUAUUUCCAUGGAUCAAAAUACCUGUUCCUGGUGAGAUACAUGGCACUGCCAGUCCAGAGAUGAGCAUAACCAAUGCAGUAGAUGGUGUCGUUGCCAAACCCUACUUUCCAGAGAUAAUCCAGGCUGAUUAACUGAAGACCCGUGGUGGUGCAGGAAGACUAAAGCUUAGAUUUACAGCAUCUGAGCAGACUGCUGUCUGUGGUCCAACGUGAGCAUGUGGAGUCGUUUUAGGUUGAUGUCUGAAGAUGCUGACGAUCACUAGCUCCACAUCCUUGUUGCUACAGGUGUAAGUGCUGAGGAUACUUUAUUUUACUAUUUUGAGGUUGCUGUUACUUUGUUCAUGUGAUUAGGUUUUUAUCUUAGUGUGUGUGUGUGUGUGUGUGUGUGUGUUGUUUGUUUGUGUGUGUGUGUGUGUGCGCAUGCCAAGGCACUGCCAUGGCAGUGGAUGUCUGCCUGGGUAUUCCGUCCUCUAGUACUCCACCCUCAGACAAGCAGUGGAGUCCCCUACCGCUACAUGGAGUCAGUCAGGACCCCCCGGGCGAAUUACACGUUGGUCGGGGAGGUGAUACGUCAUGUCAUACCUGGAGCCACACAGUGCUCCAUAGGGUGUGGAGGUCUGAACUGCAAGUAUGAGGACCCUGACCACUGGAGCGAGGACAAGCAAGCCAUCAAAGGCCUCUAUUCCUCCUGGGUCACAGAGAACCUACUUGCCAUGGCCAGGCCCUCUACUGUAUUAAUAGAAAAGUACAACAUCAUUGACCAAUUUAAAAGAUGUGGCCUAAAGACGGUGAUAAAUCUGCAGAGACCAGGGGAACACGCCAGCUGUGGUCCCAACACACUGGAACCAGAGAGUGGAUUCUCCUACCGACCUGAGGUGUUCAUGGAGAAUGACAUAUAUUUCUAUAACUUUGGAUGGAAUGACUACGGGGUGGCCUCCCUCACAUCCAUCCUGGACAUGGUGAAAGUCAUGUCCUUUGCGAUGCAGGAGGGGAAAAUGUCUGUCCACUGUCAUGCUGGUCUGGGAAGAACAGGUGUGUUGUUAGCGUGUUACCUGGUCUUCGCCACGAGGAUGACCGCUGACCAGGCUAUCGUGUUUGUACGUUCUAAACGUCCCAACUCCAUCCAGACCAGAGGUCAGCUGUAUUGCGUGCGGGAGUUUGCCCAGUUCCUGGUCCCCAUCAGGAGUAUUUUCUCCUGCGCUGAGCCCAGUACUAACCCAGUCACCCUGUCCCAGUUCCUGACCCGCCAGAGACACAUGCUGCACGGCUAUGAGCGACGGGAGCUCAGGCACCUGCCCAAGAUCAUCCAUGUGAUCUGCAAGCUGCUGCUGGACAUCGCUGAGCACCGUCAGGUAAUUGAGGAGGACAUGCUGGACGUCCAUGACAUGACCGCCGAGGAGGAGGUUGAGUUUGAGCGCUACUACGACUUUGGCUUCACCAAGGGUAGCUUCGGCGGAGGCAGCAUGGGGGACCGGCCCCGCUUACCGGGACCCCCAACCAAACACCGACACGCCAACGAACCGGCCCUCUUCUACCACCGCAAGAGCCUGAGCUACAGCGAGUCGGACGUACAGAGGCUAGGCUCUGAACUCCACCUGCUGACCCAACCUCUCUCCAACUUUCUAUCCGCUAGCAACUUGCCUGUGGCCUGUUCUCCCUCCCUGAACUCCCUGCAUAGAACCCUGGCCACGGUCAGCCCUGUCACCACCACGUACAGCUCCCAAAAUGGAUUCUUUCCCCAUGGGUCCCUCUGGGAGCAAAAGAGCCUGGCGGAGGGAUCCCCACUCCUGAAGAAGAGGCAGAAAGCCUGCCAGAGCAGCGAGUCUGAGUGCCACCCUAAGCAGAAAACGUUUGGCAGCAUGUUGUUUAGUUGGAGGAAGAAGCAGAGGGAGAAGUUAGUGAAUAAUGGGAAUGUGUCCCAGGUGUUUCAGAUAGAGGAGUCAGAGGUGCCCUUCAUCACCAUCCAGACAGAGCUGUCCAAGGAGGCCAGGCGGGUGCUGGUGGCCCAGGCCCUGGCGGUGGAUCUGGAGCUGGAUGGAGAGGACGAACACUUGGAGAGACUCCACGCCUGGCAGUCUGGGUUAAACAUGGGAGGGGCGUGGGAGAGGCUGUGUACAUUGGAGAAGGACCCAUUUGUGCUCUCUGGGCUGAUGUGGACCUGGCUGGAGCAGCUGAAGGAGCCAGUCAUCUCCGUCAGAGAUGUACAGAAACUGGACCUUAACGACAGUGACCCUGCAAACCCAGAGGCUGUCUUCAAACCACUGGACCAGGCUCCCAGGGAGAUGUUGAUGUGCAUUCUGGACUGUAUGGCUCAUGUUCUCACAAUACCAGAAGAGGUGGAGGCUGCUUUCCUGGAGCGCACCAUCAAGGCUUUCACCAAGAUGGGAAAAUGCUCAGCGGUGUAUCCGGCCAUGACAGAGAUCCUCAGGCUGGUCCUACAUGACAUGAGGUUUAUAGCCAUAGAGGAGGAUGAGGUACCAUUUAUGCCUCCCGGCCCUAUUAUGCUGACUCCAUAGCCCUGCUGGAUUCUGUUCCAGACUGUCCCUAUGUAGAGACUUGUUAUAUAUUAAACAGCCAUAUACAGUGGCAAGAAAAAGUAUGUGAACCCUUUGGAAUUACCUGGACUUCUGCAUCAAUUGGUUAUACAUUUUUAUCUGAUCUUCAUCUAGGUCACAACAAUAGACAAACACAUUCUGCUUAAACUAAUAACACACAAACAAUUAUACUUUUUCAUGUCUUUAUUGAACACCGUGUAAACAUUCG